UGUAGGACACAACGAACGUGAGAGUAUCCUAACGUGUGUAUAUAAAUUAUUUAAUAUAAAAUCUAAAAUUGAAAAACUGAUAAAGUAACAUGUUCUUUAUACUGAAAUUGAUGUUAAUAAUUUUAUUAAAUAAAACGUACGCGUAUAUUAUCCAAGAUACCGAAACAAUAUUGCUGCCGGCAUGGUACCCGACAAGCGCAAAGAAGAUACCAUUAACUCUGAAAGUGUUCGGACAACUAAUUCAACUAAAUCUAUAUAAAAACGAUCGAAUUACGUCGCCUGAGUAUGAAAUAUGGCAAUAUUAUGUAAAAGGCGUUUCAGAAAAAUUAUCGCAGUUAAAAACAUUGGAUCCUUGUUUAUAUAUUCACAAGGAUAAUGUCAGUUCGGCGAUCAUCAACUUUUGUGACGAACAUGGAUUGGAAGGACUUAUUUUUCUAAAAAAUGACUACUUGGAGAUUAGACCUUUGCGGAACGAUUUUGCGUCCUUGUUUAUAGUCGAUAACAUUUGCGUUGAGAAACAAAUGAAUCUUUCAUUCGGCAAACUUCACUUUAUCAAAAAAUUACCGCAAAAUUUUGCUGCUUCAUAUUUUAAUCUUUUUGGCAAUUUCAAGCCGAAGCGACGUCACAUACGAAAUACUGAACAAAAACUAAUCAUAGAAUUAGCCGUUUUUGUCGACGCAACAGCAUAUUUUAAUUUCAUGCAUAUUACGAGCAACAAUGAGAAACAGAUGCACAAUAUAAUAUUAGCAUACGUGAAUCAAAUUCAAGCUGUGUUCCAUCAACCGAGUUUGGGUGUUUCUAUCGAUAUUUCGUUGGUAGAAUUGAAAAUUAUGAAAAGACGUCCAUCAGAAUUGUUUGUUUACGACGACCUUAUGAAAAUGCGCACGUCGUUUUGCAAAUACGCGGAAACUCUCAAUCCUUCAGACGACAAUAAUUUGAGUCAUUGGGAUAUUGUUCUUCUCAUAACCGGAAUUGAUACUUUUGUCUUACCAGAUUCUGGUGAAGUGACAUUACAGGACUAUAAUUAUAUGGGAGAAUCUUACUUCAAUGCAGUUUGUAGAAAAGAGAAGCCUUCCUGCGCCAUAGUAGAAUACGGUUCUUCAUUUUCGAUGCCAACUGCUUUAGCAUCUUCUGCUAUUACUGCUGCUUAUCAGAUUGGCAAUAUUUUAGGAAUAACAGAGGAUAAGUCUUAUUUUACUCCAAAUUGUGCAGAUGGCCAGUACAUAAUGUCAAAUUUGAAAAACUUUAGACACCAGAGAACAUGGUCCGAGUGUAGUCGUAAAACAGCUAAAGAACUCUGGAACACAAAACCGUGCCUUCGAGAUCGCACGAGAACGGAAGACCUUGAUGUCACAAAUGACUUGGACCAUUCGCGUUAUCACGAAGUACCCGGAAGAGAAUGGACCGCCAAAGCACAAUGUGAAUUAUAUUUGCGCGACAUUGAUGCGAACGUAGUCACAUUGCAUGAUAUAUGUAAAAUCUUACAAUGCGAACUUUAUUACAAGUAUAAGGGGAAUUUCUUCGCGGGACCUGCACUAGAUGGAACUUAUUGCGCACUGGGAAAAGAAUGUCGUGGAGGAGAAUGCGUGCCUGUUCUCGAACCGCCAUACAUUUUCAAGUAUUGUGACGAAGAUAACUGGAGUGAAUGGAAAGAAGACAACUGUCAAAGCAGUUGCUUGGAGGAAUCUAAAGGAGCAUUUGUCAAACGACGUUCUUGCAAACAUGGAGUUUACAGAACGGCAAGUUGUGGAGGGCCAUAUUACGACGUGGCCCUGUGCGAUGACAAGAUGUUUUGCCCUAAAUUACGCAUAACAAUCAUAGAGUUUACUAGGCAGAGAUGCAAUGAUUUUGUUGGUUAUACAGAGCGUGUAAAAGGUGUUUUAACUAACGUGAAAAGAGGACCGGGAAGUCAAGCCGUUUAUGAUGUCGAAAAACCGUGGAUGGCCUGUAUUAUAAUCUGCCAACAAAAAAAUCCAAUUAUUUAUAAUUCACACCUGGAAAUGCUCGACAGAGGUUUCAAUCCAUACUUUCCAGAUGGAACGUUAUGUCACAGAGAAAAUGGCCAGGAUUAUUACUGUCGCAAGCAUUACUGUCUGCCGGAAAACUACUCAUACGACGAAAAUGAUUGUAGUCAAGAUGUACUAAACAUAUGUCAAUAACACUGCAAGAGUAAAUAAAACCGCAAAA